AUGGGUGAGGAACAGUUUGGCAGAUGCCCUUUCAAGACGGCUUCGUCUCCAGAACACAGAGUGGCUGAUACCCCAGUGGAUUGUAAGUACCUUGAAGAAUUGGCUGGUAUUGAUGUAGAGACAAACACACGCUUCCAGCACUUAGAUACAGAUGCCAAAAUGUUGAUAUCUUUUGCCAUACAGCUAUUACAAGAUGAGUUAAAUAUGAAAGAAUGGCUUGAAGGAAAGGGACUACAAGAAUAUUUAGAUAGGAGCAAUUUAAAAGAAUUACACCAAGCAAAGAACCAAGUAGAUUUUAGAAGUGAAGCAUGGAGACAUUACGUUAGAGCAACGAGAACACCAAAGAUGACGUUUCUCAGCAUUAUCUUCAGUAUCAUCCUGUUUGUCAUACUUUUACCAAUAUUAAUAAUUAUCAUAUGCAAGAAUUUAUUGGAUAACCCUCGAUUGCUGUUUUCCACUUCACGUUCAAGAAGAACUCCGCAAACGAGACUAAACUCGGCAAGCUUUCUGAAUUAUAUCAUUGGUAGUUUUCUUGAUCCGAAUAAGUGUCGGGUUCAGUGGGGAUGGUCUGAUACACCCGUUGUCGGAGAUACACUAACAUUUACUAUCAGUUGUCAUAGAAACAAUGGUACACGGUAUCCAAUAUCAAGCCGAGACAACCUCAGUGUGAAUAUACACCUUGGUGAUCAUAAAAUUGAUCCCAUUGUGGAAAUAGGUAGCGAAGCAGAGAAAUCGUCCAAUAUGGCUAAAGUUACUUACACCGUACAUAGAGCAGGCCGGUAUGCGGUAUCUGUAAAACUAGGAGGCGUUGAUAUCUGCGGAAGUCCAUUUGAGAAAACUGUCAACCCAGGAGAGGUAGUUGCUUCUAACACGUCAUUUCUUCAGCAUAGUUCAACAUUUGUUGUAACUCAGGGAGAGUUCAAUGAAUUAGCGAUUGAACCAAGGGAUGAAUUUGGAAAUAUAUGUGAUCAGAAACUUGCGUCCACUUUUGAUAAUCCAUAUGAAAUUCAAGUAACUGAGGUAGGGGAACUGAAACCAGAAACAUUUUCACCAGUAUGGCAAGUCACAGAUGAAGUUAAAAAUAAAAUCAUGGUACAUAUCAAAAUGCCUCAUACAGGAUGUUACAAAGCUCUAGCUACUUAUCAAGGCAAAACACUUAAAAAUGGAGAAUUUAAUAUUCUUGUACUUAAUGAAACUGAUGCUGGCAAGGUGAAAAAGAAUGUUGCCAAAAAGAGUCUUAAUAUUUGGUAUGAAGCCUAUUUACUUCGGUCAAACAAUGAAAGACAUAGAAAGCUGAAAAAAGUGUUUUGUUACAUAUCUCCUAAACAACUUACAAUCAAAGAAUUCUAUUUAAGGAUAAUACCCAAGAGACUUUAUACAUUUAGAGUGUGCCCAGCAACGAAGUUUCAAUUUUUUGGAGUAAACAACGAAUCUGGGCAUCCUAUGUUCACAAUUGAUGAUGGUUCACAGCCACAAUUAGAAUUGGCUAGCAAGGAGAGGGAUAUAUUGGCUGCAACGUUUACUCAGUUCCUUCUCAAAAAUAUUGGUGGAUCGGAAACCUUUCAUGAUAAGCAGGAUUUUUUCUUUCGUGAAGUGAGACAAAUUCACACUAGAAGAAAUCGCUCAAAGAUGAACUUGACAAUCAAAAGAUCUGAAAUUUUAGAAAGUUCUAUGAAGGCUACCAAGUAUUUCACAACUUCUGAUUGGUGCAAACACAUGGAGAUAACAUUUGUUGGAGAAGAAGGACUUGAUUGGGGUGGAGUUAGAAGAGAAUGGUUUGAAAUUUUGUGUUUGGCUUUGUUUUCUCCAGAAAAUCAUUUAUUUACUAGAUUUAAAGAAGACAACCAGGGACUAGUGCAUCCAAACCCUAAUAGACCACAUCAUCUAGCAAAACAGAAGUACUUUGAGUUUGCAGGCAAGAUAGUGGGUAAAUGUUUGUAUGAAUCUGCAAUGGGACUUGGAUACAGACAGUUAGUGAAAGCCAGAUUCACUAGAUCAUUCUUAGCACAGUUAAUUGGACUUAGAGUUAACUACAGGUAUUUUGAAACUGAUGAUCCUGAUACCUAUGUUACCAAAAUCAAAUACAUUGAAGAAAAUGACGUAGACAACUUAGAUUUGGUGUUUGCUGAAGAAGAAUAUAACUCACUUGGUGAAGUUGAAAAGAUUGUUGAACUGUUGCCAGAUGGAUCUAAUAUUCCUGUAACCAAUCAAAACAAGAUGCGAUAUUUAAACAUGCUGGCACACUAUAAAUUUACUAAUAGUGUCUCAGAUGAAAUUGAACACUUUUUGAAAGGAUUAAAUGACAUCAUACCAGAUCAUCUUUUAAGCAUAUUUGAUGAGAAUGAAUUGGAAUUGCUGAUGUGUGGCAGUAGUUCAUUUGACUUGGAUGACUUCAAAAGGAAUUGUGUCAUUAAUUCUGGCGGUGGUUAUAACUUCAGAAAGAUCAUUGGUUGGUUUUGGACCAUAGUUGCCAGUUUUACCCAAGAAGAGAUGGCAAGGCUGUUACAGUUUACGACAGGAUGUUCCCAGCUACCACCAGGUGGUUUCUCUGACCUGUCUCCAAGAUUUCAAAUCAGUGCAUCACCCACCUAUUGUACUCUGCCUACUGCACAUACAUGUUUCAACCAAUUGUGCCUACCCAGUUAUGACAGUAUUGAACAAAUGCAGAAAGCGUUAUUAGUUGCCAUCAAUGAAGGGUCUGAAGGUUUUGGUCUAGUGUGACGUUACCCACUGAUGUCAUUCCAGUAUGGUGUGAUGACACAUAUGCUGGUUGUACUCUGUUUUGACCAGCUCUGGCAUGGUUACAGUAUAUUUACAAUUUUAUCGAAUCACAUCUAUUCUCUGUGUAUUUGUUGCCCCCAGCAUAGCUACUAAGUGCACUGCCUAUUGUGUAUAUAUAACUGGUGAAGUUCAUUGAUUUCCAAACAAGUGCAUGUAUUAACAUAUGAAAGACCUUUUUACGCAGCAGUGUACAUUCUACAAAGACAGCAGUGUUGAUGGCUCAGGGAGACCACAAAUAUUCUAGAGCAAUAGUAUAUAACAAAAUGUGAUUAAAGUUAGUCUGUUUGAUUAUCUGUGCGUCCUUUUAUUCAUGAAACAAUAGUUGGUGUGCUUAUGUUGGUCUCUUUGAAGUCAUAAUCAUAUCAGUUGGAUCUGUAAGUCGGUCUGAGACAAUUGCACAAUACCCCAUGCACACUUGCAUGACUGAACUAACAGAUGUAUUCAUGUAUUCAUUCUGAUUUUAAGAAAACUUUGAUUGGCAGCACAGAUAAUCAAUUUCAUAAAUUGUAUAUUUCUAAGUUAGUCAAGCGUCCUCAACAUUUCUGUACCUGCAGAGGCUGUACAGAAUUACCUAUUACCGGUAACAACUUUAUUCAACCUAAAUUUCAUCUUUUCCUGAUA